AUGACACUCUUUUCAUCAAUCUCAUCAAUGUCAACCUCAAUGUCUGGAUCAAAAUCCAGUAUUUCAUCAUUUGGUAGUGGAACAGGUAUGGGUUCAAAUUCAAUUGCAUGUGGUGGUGGUUGUGGUGGAAGUGGCGGUAUUCUUGGUUCAGGUUUAGGUUUAGGUUUAGGAUUAGGUUUAGAUUUAACUGGUGGUUCUAGAUCUAGAGGUGCUUGUGGUGGUAAUGGUGGUAACCGUGGCAAUGGUAAUGGAGGUAUGGGUGGAGGAAAUGGUUCAUGUUGUGGAGGUCCAUGUUGUGGUAUUUAA